AUGCUCCGCUGGGAGAAGAAGCAGAGUGCUGCUGCGGCACAGAGGGUGAUUCUGCCUGAGCUUCCAUCCCUGAGAGUCGGCUGUAAAACCACCAUGGUCCUCUUGAGAUUCUCCAGACUUGUCCUGAUCAUCCUGGCCUGCAGCCCUCACCUGUCUCUGGGCUGCCCCUCCGGCUGUCGCUGCUACAGCCUCACAGUGGAGUGUGGCUCUCUGGGGAUCAAAGAAAUCCCACAGGGCGUCCCAUCAGCCACAGAGACCAUCUUCCUCCAGGACAACGCUGUAGUGCAGAUCCGUCUUCAGGACCUGACUCGGCUGGGAAGCCUCCAUUACCUCUACCUCCAGAAUAACAGCAUCUCAGCUGUGGAGCCGGGCGCGUUCCUGAGCCAGGGGCAGCUGCUGGAGCUGGCACUGAAUGGCAACCUCAUCCACCUGGUCACAGCAGACAUGUUCCGAGGUCUGGAGCACCUUAGGAUCCUUUAUCUUGCUGGGAACCAGAUCACCAGAGUGCAGGAUUUCACCUUCAGGGGACUGCAGCGUCUGCAGGAACUCCACCUCCAGGAAAACAGCAUAGAGCUGCUGGCAGACAAGGCGCUGUCAGGUUUAUCAUCCCUGGCUCUGUUGGACCUCAGCAGAAAUCACCUCCGCACCCUGGGAGCAUCAUCCCUCAAACCACUCGUGAGCCUGCAGGUGCUUCGUGUCACAGAGAACCCUUGGCGCUGUGACUGUGCUCUCGGCUGGCUGAGAACUUGGAUCAGAGAAGACGGACAGCGUCUGUUGAGUUCUGCAGAACAACGCCGGCUGAUGUGCUCUGAGCCACCUCGCCUGUCCCACCUAAGUUUGGUGGAGGUUGCUCCAAACAGCCUAGUCUGCAUCCCCCCUGUGGUGCAGCUGGAGCCCAGCCACCUGACGGUACGACUAGGGGAGAGCCUUCGAGUCUCCUGCCAGGCCUCGGGGUACCCUCAGCCCCAGGUUACCUGGAAGAAAGCCUCCCAUGGCAAGCCCCAAGUGUCACCUCGAGGACUGGUUCAAGAGCUGGGGCCAAACGGUGAGCUCUUCAGGCCUGGACCUGGAGGAGUGGUGACAGCCCUGCCCAGCGGUGGAGGGAUGAAGGUCAGAGGUGUGGGAGGAAUCCAGGGUCCUGUGCGUGGGACAGAGGAGGGUGGCGAGAGGGACAGCUUUGAUCCAGAUAUGGGCAGCGGCAUGCUCUUCCUCAGCAAUGUAACUGUGGCGCACGCUGGGCGCUACGAGUGUGAAGCCUGGAACCCUGGAGGGAUAGCCAAAGUUACCUUUCACCUGGCUGUCAACAUGUCCUCUUCUUAUUCAUCCCAGUUCUGGCCUCGUUUAAACACACACUCCUUUGUUUCCUCUUCAUCAAACUCCUUCUAUCAGCCCGAGGUUUUGGAUGUCAGCCAGGAGCCGCUCUAUGAACAGGACAGCAUGGACUUCAGUGCUCUUGGACCUGCCACACAGACGGCCAUUGCUGUUGGUAUCUCCUUGCUUGCUCUCACCGCCGUUCUCCUCUUGAUCAUGAUCUACACUCGUCACCAGCAGAUCCGCAAAGAAGAAGGCGGCUCCUUCUGCACAAGCAAAGAAGAGAGCAUCCUCUAUGUCAACGACUACUCUGAUGGACCCACUACUUUUGCACAGCUCGAGGAGUACCGCGACGACCACGGCCACGAGAUGUACGUACUCAACAGAACCAAGCCUGUGGUGAGUUCCGCGUCCUCCAGGUGCCCCAUGAUGAGUGGGUUUGUCCAGCAGAAAGGUAUGAAGGAGGCCCUCCUGGACCAUGAAAUGGUGCAGACACUGACCAGGUCUGGAGGGAUGGGGCUUCGCAGGAACCCAGCAGAUGGUGGAGAAGGACCCCUUACAACAGACCCAGAGGAGCUCUUCCUCAGUCAGAGCCUCCUCUUCGGAUCGCAGGUUGCCUAUGAGAUCCACUGCUAAGGGGGAGUCGUGAACAGAUAUAUUCAUGGACUUAAAGACAUACAUGGAGAUCAACUUGGGGAAAUGAUUAGCAGUAUCACUUAAUUGUAUCGUCUUCAACAAAGAAGAGGGCAUUAGUCAGGGGUUGCUUGGGGAAACCUGGAUUACGGUCAGCCUCUCAGAGAUCCUUCCCGGACUGCUGAUGAUUAUAUUCAUGUGAGUUAGAGGGAUGAACAGCAGAAACAAAGAGGAGAAAACAGCAGAACCAUACCUUUCUGUAACCAAGUCAACCCUUUAAAGACAAUUACAAGUGGCUAACAUGACACAUGGUUAGACUGAGACUGUGCAGCUCAUAGAGGCAACUAACAACAUGGAUUUAAUCAGUGGCUCAUAUUUUGUACUGUUUCCUUUCCUUCAGUUUUGUUUUGGCUGUUUUUGUCUGUGUUUUGUGCAAUAUAAUGAAGCUAAAUUUCACUGUGAGGUACAGUUGUUUUGUGGACCCUGUUGCAGAUCCCAUUAGAAUUAGACUCAAACAAAUCUUUUUACUGAAACUGCAUUUCCAUUACUUGAGAGUGCGAGUGGGCGAGGGUGGGCGGACUUAAUUAAAGAGAUUGAUUUUAAAAUGCAGCUACAUGUCUUUUUUAAACAUUUAUACCAUUGCUUGGAUUCCUUGAUGUUGACAUUUCAUGUUUUUCUACUUAUUUGUUGCAACAAUAGAAAAAGGGGAUUAACGUUUCUGUUGUCUGAAAUUGAAUCACUGGCAGAAUUAAUUUUAUUAAUACGAGUCUGUGACAAUACUUCUAAUGU